AUGGGGAAACCUACGGGGACCGCUGCGGUCGAUGGAGCGGGCGGCACAAGGCCCAACUUCCUGAUAAUCAUGGCCGACGACCUCGGCUUUUCGGACGUUGGAGCGUUCGGCGGCGAGAUCAAGACGCCGCACGUCGACAGUCUGGCCGCCGACGGGAUCAGGAUGACGGACUUUCACGCCGCCGCAGCCUGCUCGCCUACCCGGUCCAUGUUGCUGAGCGGCACCGAUAAUCGCAAGUAUCCACCUGGCCCCGUACCCCACAUUGCCGGCCUAGGCGCCAUGAUUGAGUCAAUCCAAGAGUUCCAGAAAGGUCAGCCCGGGUACGAAGGCUACUUGAACGAUCGGGUCGCCCCGCUCCCCGAAAUGCUCCGUGAUGCCGGCUACCUGACCCUGAUGUCGGGGAAGUGGCAUCUUGGGAUGACGCCGGACCGUUACCCAUCGCAGAGGGGAUUCGACCGGUCGUUCAGUCUGUUGCCGGGCGCUGCAAACCACUACGGCUGGGAACCGCAGGCGCAAGAAAGAAUGCCCCAGUUGAUGGCGCGGAACAGUAGCUUCUACGUAGAGGACGAUACGCCGAUCUCCCCGGCCGACCUGGGCCCGGAUUUCUAUUCUUCUCAGAGUUUCACUACCAAAUUACUCCAAUAUCUUGAACAACGGGACGACCGUCAGCGACAACAGCCAUUUUUUGCCUACCUACCGUUCUCGGCGCCCCAUUGGCCACUGCAAGCCCCGGAAGAGGACUGCCGAGAUUACCGGGGUGUGUACGACGAAGGGCCCGACGUCUUGAGACAGAAGCGGCUCGCCCGCCUCAGGGAGCUCGGCAUCAUCGCACCGGGCACGAAAGCUCACGACGUGAUUACGCCGCCCGUCGACCGCCCACUAUCGCGAGAGUGGGAUACACUCACGGAAACCGAGCGGCAAUUCUCAUCCCGGACCAUGGAGACGUACGCCGGAAUGGUCCAAAACAUGGACCGAAAUAUCGGUCGCCUGAUCUCCUACCUAAAGUCGACCAAAGAAUUCGACAAUACGGUUAUCAUGUUCAUGUCAGAUAAUGGUGCCGAGGGUUUGCUGUUGGAGGCUUAUCCGGUAGUGACGGAGAACAUAUUUGACUAUAUCGACCGCUAUUACGACAACAGCCUGGAUAACAUUGGCCGAGCGAAUAGCUAUGUCUGGUACGGUCCGCGGUGGGCGUCCGCUGCCACGGCUCCUUCCCGACUGUACAAGUCAUUUUCGUCCGAGGGCGGUAUUCGAGUCCCCUUGAUUCUGAGAUAUCCACCAUUCACCGCCGCCAGGGCUGGGGACAUUGAACGGUCGUUCGCGACCGUCAUGGAUAUAACACCUACCCUGCUUGAUCUGGCAGCCGUGCAGCACCCGGGCGGCCUCUACAAAGGCCGUAGCAUUGUCCCCGUCCGGGGCAAGUCCUGGGUGCCAUAUCUCUCAGAUCCGCGAAAGCAUGAGUUUAUCCAUGGCGAAGAUACGGUGACGGGCUGGGAGCUCUUCAACCGGCGAGCACUUCGUAAAGGUAAUUGGAAGGCCGUCAUGAUACCAGAGCCCUAUGGGCCAGGCAAGUGGCAGUUGUAUAACCUGGACAAGGAUCCCGGUGAAACAGAUGACCUGGGAGCCUCGCUGCCUGACAAGCUUCAAGAGCUUCUCAAGCACUGGGAUGACUACGUUAGAGAUGUGGGCGUUGCCGGCGUAGCACCGCAAUACGGUGUCCUUCGUGUUACAGGCUGA